AUGAGAUUCAAAUCUUUGAUUUUACAAUUCUUAUCGCUUUCAAGCUUGAGUCACAGUACCUCCAUCCAGGCUCGGACUCAACCAGUCGCUACUAUCACAAACGGUACGCUGAUUGGAACUCGAAACUCGCAUUAUAAACAAGAUUUCUUCCUCGGUAUCCCGUACGCACAGCCACCAGUUGGAGAUCUCAGAUUCAACCAACCACAGACCAUCAAUCAAUCGUGGUCUGAAAAACAAGCAACGGCCUAUGGCCCUUGGUGUCACUCUCUCCCUUUAACUUUACCUGGUUAUACACAGACAGGCUUUGAACAUGAGGAGAGCGAAGAUUGUCUAACCCUCAAUGUCAUACGACCGAGUGGAGUUAGUGACAAUGCUUCUUUGCCUGUUCUAGUCUGGAUCUACGGCGGUGGAUUCUCAGAAGGAGGUAGUGCCGAUCAAAGAUACAACAUGUCUUUCCUUAUACAAGAAUCUGUUAAAAUGGGUCAACCUACAAUUGGAGUUAGCUUCAAUUACCGACUUUCUGGAUUUGGAUUCCUACAAGGCCGUGCGGUCAAUGAGUCUGGUGCCGCAAAUAUUGGUCUCUAUGACCAACGACUUGCUCUUCAUUGGAUCCAAGAGAACAUCAUGGCAUUCGGUGGAGACCCGUCCAGAGUCACAAUCCAAGGAGAAUCGGCCGGUGCUGUAUCAGUUGGACACCACUUCCUCGCAUAUGGAGGACGCGACGACGGGCUGUUUCAUGCAGGUAUUGCUGAAAGUGGCGGGCCUCUCACCACAAGAGCUUUGAUCUCUCUGGAUGAACAGGAUGUCCUUUAUAACCGUGUCCUCAACUCGACCAACUGCACAGGUGAAGAUGAUACACUCCAAUGCCUUCGCUCCGUACCAGUAGACGCUCUGAAGGCUGCCUUUGAAGGUGUUGGCUUCUAUCCCGUCAUGGAUGGCGGGAUUAUCACGAAUACCCCCUCCAUCGCUCUGAGGGAUGGCCGCUUCGUGAAGCGUCCGCUUCUUAUCGGAGCUAAUACAAAUGAAGGAGCUGCAUUCUCGUACAGCAGAGGCCGUGGGCUGAACACUUCAGCCGACUUCCGCAAUAUGAUUGUUCAGUAUAGUGGGAACAAGGUUAUCAAAAACAGUACUCUUGAAUAUCUUGUUGAUCAAUAUCUCAACAGACUGUCCCCCAAAGUGGCCCAGGCUCAACUAGGGUCUGUUCUCUUAUCUCCAAGUCCUGAAUUUGGUCGUCUCUGGGGAAAAGUGACACUUUACGCGGGAGACUACCAGUUCAAUGCUGGUAGACGUUAUACCACGCAGAAAUGGGCCCAAUACGGCGUUCCUUCGUAUAGCUAUCGCUUUGAUGCCGUGCCUAAUGGUAUACCACGUGAGACCAUGGGGGCCACACACUUCCAGGAAGUUUCCUUCGUUUUCAAAAAUUUUGAUGGCGACGGGUAUCAGGUCAAUCCACUGGAAUCAAACUCCACGGAACUUCAGCAGAGUUACCAUGAUCUGAGCACGCUCAUGAGCCAAAUGUGGCUGAACUUUGCAAAUACACUGACCCCAAAUGGUCACCAAAAUUUGAAAGCAAACGUGACCUGGCCCGUUUAUAGGAAUGGAAAUGGGACAAACAUCGUGUUCCACUUGAAUGGUACCUAUCUGGAGCCUGAUAACUGGAGGGCAAAUGCUAUUAGACGCCUGAUUGGUUCCUUACACGAGUUCAAGCUUUAA